CACAUCUGCAACCUCAAGCAGCUCUCCUCCGUCGUCCCUCUCUGCUUUGUGCUUCACUCUGAAAACUAGCCAUCAUGGUUUGUCACAAGGAGUUUCAGGAUGCAGGGAAGCAGCCGGGGCUGCAGGUGUGGCGUAUUGAGAGUUUGGACCUGAAACCCAUUCCCAAAACACUGCAUGGCAGUUUUUACAGCGGGGACGCCUACGUGCUGCUCUUCACCACCGCAGCACCCUCCUAUAACAUACACAUGUGGCUGGGAGGUGAGUGCUCACAGGAUGAGAGUGGAGCUGCAGCCAUCUUUGCCACGCAGCUGGAUGACUUCCUGGGUGGCGGGCCGGUGCAGUACCGGGAGGUGCAGAACCAUGAGUCCAACACCUUUCUGGGGUACUUCAAGUCAGGCAUCAAGUACCAGAAAGGGGGCGUAGCAUCAGGUUUUAAACACGUGGAGACCAACGGCAUGAACGUGUCGCGCCUGCUUCACGUCAAGGGCCGCAGGGCCAUCAGAGCCACAGAGGUGGACAUGAGCUGGGCGAGCUUCAACAAGGGGGACUGCUUCAUUAUUGACUUGGGAAAGGACGUGUACCAGUGGUGCGGCAGUGAGUGUAACAAGUUUGAACGGCUGAAAGCCUCCCAGGUCGCCAUUGACAUCAGAGACAACGAAAGGAAUGGUCGAGCCAAGGUGCACAUGGUGGAGGAGGACCAAGAACCAGAAGACGUUAUAAAGGCUUUAGGACCCAAACCCGCCAUUGCUCCCAGUACUCCAGAUGAUGAGAAGGUGGACACCUCCAACAAGAAGAAGGCUGCCCUCUACAUGAUCUCAGAUGCUUCUGGUUCCAUGAAGGUGACGUGUGUGGUCCAGUCCAGUCCCUUCAAGCAGGCUAUGCUGUCGCCUGAGGAGUGCUAUAUUGUGGACAACGGAGUGGAUCAGAACAUCUUUGUUUGGAAAG